AAGCGAACAUUUUGCAUAGUGCGAAGGCAUUAUUGAUAUGGCUGUAACUAAUUUACCAAGAGUUCCGGAAGGUCUUAGAGAUCUGGUAAAAACCUAUACUAAGGAAGUUUUACGCGAAAAACCCAAAGAUCUAUAUAAAUUCUCAGUAGAUUACUUUGAAAGCCUAGCGGGUACAAGAAAAAUUCAGCGAAAGGUGAUCAAAUAUGAAACCCAGCAAAGUUACGAAACUAUCGUGAAAAAUCGCAUUCGACAGCAAGUACCUUUGUCUCUUGCAUUUCAUAUAAUUCCUGAAAAUCUAACCGAAGUAAUCAAACAGUUCAUCAAAGCCGUCCUGCGAGAGAAUCCUCAAUAUUUAGUUCCAUUCGCAAUAGAAUAUUUUAAAAAUCUUCAAACUUCGUCAUCGAAACUGGGAGAUAUUCAGUAUACAGCUUAUGAAAAAUUUAUGGAGAAAAAUGAGAGCCAGUCGCCGGCACGCAAGGUGACUACGUGUGAAUGUGGACGUAUUCUCAGCUCGACGGGUGGGACACCAGAAGUAGUACAAAAUAUCCCUGAUGUGGAUCAACAAAUCGGAAAGCUCAACAAAAACGAUCAGUACAUAAGAGCUGUGUGCAUCAUUCAGAAAUACUUUCGACAAUAUUUGAAACAAAAAGCAGAAAAGCUAAUCCAACUUAAGGUUACUUCGAAGACUACAGAUUUUUAUUGCAGCCAAGAAGUCUUAAAUGCUAUUAUAAUAAUUCAAAGACAAUUUCGGCGUUUAUUAACAAAAAAACGAUCUAAAACUUCCGCGGAAUCAAAACAGACAAAUGAAGGACGUUACAAUUCUGUAAAAUAUAUGAGGGCUGUACUUAUUAUACAACGGUACAUGCGAGAAUAUUUGAGAAAUAAGAAAUCGAAGAAGCAGACGUUAACCAAAUCCGAGGACCUUACUCCAGAUGACAAUAUUACCAUGACAACAGCAGCAUUCGUCAUUCAAAGAGCAUUUCGAAGUAUGGUUAGGGCGCGGAGAGCCAAAGGACAUAUAAAUGCUGACCUCGAUCAAUGCGAUGAGAUGAAUGACAAUGCUUCCGAAGCAGCAUCUUAUACGUCCGCCUCUACUGCUCUUCUUUCAACAGAGUCGGCAGGUGAGCAUGAUUUUGGGAGUACUCAUUAUGAAGAGGGCGUGCAUCAACAAACUAUCAAGGAAGAUGAAGAAGUUGAGAACGGAAAUACAAACCGACAAAUGAUAUUUGGGACAGAAUCUAUAAACACAAAUACAAAUUCAGAAAAUCGUAGUAGACAAGGUAAAAAAACUUUUUUUUUUUUUUUUUUUUAA